UACAACCAAAUAUUUCAUCACUAAAGUGUGUGUGAUAACAAACAAAUUUGGUCCUACAAACGAAAUAAGUAGAUACCAUGGCACCAUCAUUAGUAGCAACUUAUUCCGUUGAUCCAAAAAAAACCAACUUCAUCAACCAAAGUUACCAAACUACCCACAUCUUCAAAUCAAAAUUACCAGACAUACCUAUCAACAAUACCAUUCCCCUCCACACUUAUUCGUUUCAAAAACUCCCCCAAGUCUACAACCGCCCGUGUCUCAUCACGAGCGAUGGCAAGGAGUACACCUAUGGUGAUGUCCACCGCGCAUCUAGAAGCUUGGCCAUGGGCCUUUUCAACCUUGGAAUCCGGAAAGGUGACAUCAUAAUGAUCCUACUCCCAAACUCGCCGGAAUUCGUGUUCUCCUUUUGGGCUGCUUCUAUGCUGGGGGCAGUUUCGACCCUUGCCAACCCUUCUUACACAUCUCUUGAAAUCACGAAGCAGCUCAAAGCCACCAAGGCCAAAAUCGUCAUCACACAUGCCAUGCACGUGCAUAAGCUCAAACAAGAUCAACAAGAAGAAAACACAUUCACAGUGAUAACUGUGGACAAGCCACCAGAGAAGUGCAUGAGUUUCUCGACGGUUUCCAGAAAUGAAGGAAAGCUGCCAGAGGUGGAUAUUAACCCUGACGACAUGGUGACACUGCCAUUUUCCUCCGGCACGACGGGGUUAUCAAAGGGUGUGAUUCUAACACACCGGAGUCUGGUUACAAACGUGGCUCAGCAGGUUGAGGGAGAGAACCCUAACUUGCAUCUGAAGGAAGAGGAUGUAGUGCUUUGUGUGCUACCGUUGUUCCACAUUUACGCACUACACUGUGUGAUGUUAUGCUCUAUGAGAGUAGGGUGUAAGGUGUUGCUUAUGGAGAAGUUUGAGAUGAGGGCGAUGUUGGAAGUUGUGGAGAAGCAGAGGGUAUCAGUAGUGAUGGCAGUGCCGCCGUUGGUGGUGGCACUGUCAAAGAACCCGGCAGUGGAGGAGUAUGAGCUUAGCUCCAUCAGGAUGGUGAUGUCUGGAGGUGCCUCGCUUGCAAAUGACAUCGAGGAUGCUUUUCAUAGUAGGUUGCCUCAAGCUAUCCUUCGACAGACAACAAGAUGAUGUAGCUGGUGAAGUUCCAGUUGCUUUUGUGGUGAGGUCAUCAAAUGACCCUAUUACUGAAGAUGCUGUAAAGGACUUUAUAGCUAAACAGGUAGUAUUUUACAAGAGGCUACAUAGAGUAAUUUUCAUUGACGCA